AACAUGGCCGACCAAGAUGUAGUAAAUGAUUUGCAUGCCAUGGAGUCCAAAUUUAAAGCUUGCUGCUCACUUUUAAAAGUUCCGACUACAACGCUCAGUCCAUCGGUUGUCUCGUGGUAGACAGUGUAGACGAGGUCAGUGAUGGAGGGUGUUGCGGCUGGGCUCGACCCCGAGCCCAAUCCCUGGCCCCCCAAUGGCUCGGCUCAAGACUCUGGAGUGGAGACCGAAUGUGACCAAGAAAGCAAUGACAGUAGUUUAUCGUCGGUGAGUGUGGGCGGGGCUGGACCGGGUUUACCUCCGGCUGCCAUAGUUGGAGCUUCACCUCCGGUACAACCCGCUGUAGAUGCAGCAAUGGCCGAACCCUUGGCCGGUCCAUCUCACUCCCCCAUCCUGCCUUCUCUCCCGCCCACCCCCGAGCCGACUCUGCCCGUGUCUUCUUCGUCGUCCUCGUUGAUGCCACCCCCGUCUGUAACUGAAGACGGAUAUUUGGGUGAUUGUUCGUCCGAUGGAGGCAACGAGAAGAACUUUCCCAUGCCACCUGAAAAGCUGAAAAGGUUACUCUUUCAAAGACACGCUGGAGGCGGUGGCGACAAUUCAGGCUCCGACACCAACCUCCCCAAUGGCGUAGAUCUAGUAGAACCGCCUGCCGGGUUGGCUUUUCAGAGUUUGUCCCAAGAGCUGCAUCAUGGUUAUCAAAUAUUGAAUAAUGUGCGUGGAAACGGAUCGGUUUUAGGACCUGCCGGUCAUCACCAUUCUCAAAUUGGAUCGCGUAAAAUGCGCUCCAUGAUAAAGAAUAAACUGUCCAAUGCUGCCAACAGUAACAAUUGGUCGCACAUGAAGGCCUACAUGGCUGGGCGUAAAUUAAGAACUGCAGCAAAUGUGAACAAUGUGGAAACAAUCAAUCAGCUUUUAGCUAGUGGUGUGGAUCCUAAUGCGGUGGAUGACCAUCAACGAACAGCUCUCCAUUUUGCCGCUGCCAAAGGCUACUCAGAUAUUGUGAACGUGCUUUUACAGAAUGGAUCGGAUCCAAAUCAGAAGGAUUCCUUGGGCAAUACUGCUCUUCAUCUGGCUGCUUGUACAAAUCACAUCGAUGUUGUCACCUUACUUCUUCGGGCUGGGACCAAUCUCGCAGAGCUGGAUAAUAAUGGACGAACUCCCGUACAAUUAGCUCAAGCAAAGUUGAAGAUGUUGCAAAGAAACCAGAGUUCUGCCACCGAGAUGGGAAAGAUUAAAAAUGAAGUGCAACAAGUCGUGGAGAUGAUGCGCGAGUAUUUGUCCAAGAGUGGGCAUGGAACCAAUAGUGCCUACAACGAUCUCUUGAACUCCUUUUCCAAACGCUUCACGCUUCACAAGAAUCAAGACGACAUCAACAGUGAUCUCCAAAAUUUGUUGGAUUCCUUAGGAAAUCUUCAAGUCUAGCAAGCCAGAUCCGAUCUCGUUACUCAUAUUGAGGACAAGCUACUAAGUACAGUACUACAUACUACAAUUGUAUUGAUCCUAUGUCAAUUCGUUCAAAGGUAAAUAGGAAAAGAACAGCAAAUUGCCUGAAA